UUUCUUAGAGCCCGGUCGUUCCUUCCUUACCAUAAAGGAACAUCCUAGCUAAUUCUUGCUUAGCCUGUAAGUUGAUGUCCGCGAACCGCAGCCGAUAGGAAACUUUGGAGCUACCGUUUUUACUCCAAGCCACGCCGUAGCAAGUAAUAUACUUGAAAUAUGGGACUUCGAAAGGCGGCCGAAUGGCUGCUGCGCAGCGCAGCUCGAUCAGACGGUCUCAGGCACUUCAGCAGCAGCAGCUUGUUAGCGGCUGGAGAGGCAACAGCUGGUUCAUCGGUUGCAAGUGGAUCUGGCGCUUCUCGUGAAGCGGGGCCUCGGUUAUCGGAGACCGUAAAGCGCAUUACUACGCCGCUAUCGCAGCCCCUGCCGGGAGUACAACCGGAGCGGCCCUGCCCGCGGCCGCUGGCACCUCCUCCCACCGAAAUCACCGUCCUUGAAAACGGCUUGAGGAUUAUCAGCGAGGCUUCGCCCGGCCCCACCGCCAGUCUGGGUAUGUACAUCAACUCGGGCAGCGUCUAUGAAAACGAGAGCAACUCAGGCAGCAGUGCCCUGCUGGAGUGCCUGGGCUUCAAGGCCACCACACACCGGGACACGCUGCGGAUCAUGAAGGAGGUUGAGAAGUUCGGGAACACCAUCGUGGCCAACGCGUCCAGGGAGCAGAUGUCGUACACCAUCGACUGCCUGAAGACCGGCUUCCCCGCCGCGCUGGAGCUGCUGCUGGACUGCGUGUUGAACCCCGCGUUCGAGGAGGCGGAGGUGGAGGAGCAGAAGGGGCGGCUGGAGGCGCUGCUGGGGGGCAAGGAGAUACACGCCACGCUAAUGACGGAGUUCCUGACCCGCUCCGCCUACCGCGGCCCCUUUGGCGCCCCCCUCAUCCCCGACCCCCCCGCCCUGUCCGCCCUCUCCCCCGCCUCCCUGCGCUCCUUCACCUCCUCCACCUUCAUCGCACCACACAUGGUGCUGGCGGCCUCGGGGGUGGAGCACGGCCGGCUGGUGGAGCUGGCGGCGCCCAUGCUGGCGGGGCUGCCCAGGAUGCAGGCGCUGAGGGAACCCAAGCCGGAGUAUGUGGGCGGUGCCGUACACCUGCCCGGCUCCUACCCCCAAGCCAACCUGCUGCUCGCAUUCGAGUACGGCGGCGGUUGGCGUGACGUACACGGCGCGGUUGUGAUGACGGUGCUCAACUACCUGCUGGGGGGCGGCAACUCCUUCAGCAGCGGCGGCCCGGGCAAGGGCAUGCACAGCCGGCUGUACACGCGGGUGCUGAACAAGUACGCGUGGGUGCACUCGUGCGCCUCCUUCAACUCGACGUUCAACCAGAGCGGGCUGGUGGGGAUACAGGCUGCCUGCGACCCCUCCUACGUGCACGACAUGCUGCAUGUGAUGUGCCACGAGCUGGAGUCGGUGGAGAACGGCACCAACCGAGUGGAGUUGGAGCGCGCCAAGCGGGCCGCCGUGUCGGUGAUCUGCAACGCGCUGGAGAGCAAGGCAACCAGUGCGGAGGACAUCGGGCGGCAGUACCUCACGUACGGCAGGAGGAUCGCGGGGCGCACCUACGUGGAGAUGCUGGAGGCGGUCACGCAGGACGAUGUACGGCGCUUCGUACAGCGGUUGCUGUCGUCCAAGCCCUCCCUCGCGCUGUACGGCGACAACACGCAGUCCAUCGACCCAACCAUCCUCAACCAACGCUACGGUUAAACGAGUUGAGCGGCGGUAGAGAAGGCUGUAACGAUGAUGAUGAUGAUGAUGAGGAUGAGGAUGGUUACAAGCUUAAGGCUCGUAAGGCCCAGACGAGGAAGGCUUCAGCGAACGGACGGUUGUACGGCAGCAGUAUGGACCGAGGAAGAGGAGGUGUCGAGAUGUGCUGUGCGCUGGCAGGUGUGCCACGCAGCAGCAGCAGCAGGGGGGUGAUGAAGUGCGCUUGGUGGU